CAGUCUGCAUCAGCAAAGUGUCUUCAUCACUCCGGUGUUUCACUCCGCCGUCAUGUGAGCGGUGAGUGGUGGUCCUCCUCCCCCCUCCUAGUCCUCGACCCGGACCCGGACCCGGACCCUCCUCCGGUGGAUCUCAGCGAGUUGGUGUUGGUGCCGACGACGGUAGUCCCGGUGGGGUGUCCCCUCCCGCUGCUGUCCCCCCCUCCCCCGGUUUACCCUGCACACCUCCGGGAGGAUGAGCGAGCAGGGGAAGGGCUCGUCCGCUUCUGCAGCCGCGGCGGCCCCGGCGGCUCCAGGGUCGGAUACUUACAAAGGCUGGCUUUUUAAAUGGACCAACUAUCUGAAAGGGUACCAGCGGCGAUGGUUUGUCCUCAGCAAUGGCCUCCUUUCCUACUACAGGACGCAGGCAGAGAUGGCCCACACAUGUCGGGGAACUAUCAACCUGGCCACAGCGCACAUAGACACAGAGGACGCCUGCAACAUCGUGCUGAGCAGCGGCGGCCGAACCUACCACCUGAAGGCCAGCACGGAGGUGGAGCGGCAGAGAUGGGUGACGGCGCUGGAGUUGGCAAAAGCUAAAGCCAUCCGCAUGAUGAACGAUCAGUCGGACGACUCCGGGGACGAGGAGCCUACGUCCCAGUCGGACCGCAGCGAGCUUCAAGGCACCUUGAAGAUACUCGUCAGCAAGCUCGACGACCUCAGCACAUGCAAUGAUCUGAUCGCCAAGCACGGGGCGGCCCUGCAGCGCUCCCUCAGCGAGCUCGAGGGUCUGAAGGUCCCCGUGGAGGGAGGGGAGAAGAUCAAGGCGGUCAACGAGCGAGCCACCCUCUUCCGCAUCACUUCCAAUGCUAUGAUCAAUGCCUGUCGAGACUUCUUGGACCUAGCAGAGACUCACAGUAGGAGAUGGCAGCGGGCGCUGCAGUAUGAGCGAGAGCAGCGCACCCAUCUAGAGGAGACCAUUGAACAGCUAGCCAAGCAGCAUAACAGCCUGGAGCGAGCGUGGAGAGAAGCGCCGACGCUCGCUUCCACCACACCCAAAGCCCCUACCACCAACAAGGAAGGGAGUGAGAGGCUGCCCAAGGAAGAAGCGAGUGACGAUGAGGAUACUGAGUUCUUUGAUGCCAUGGAGGACUCCCCUGCAUUCAUCACAGUGACGGCCACUGAGAGCACACAGCACAGGAGAUCUCAGAGUAAUUUGAGCGGAGCGAGUGGAGGUCAGCCCAGUGACUGGAACCAGGACAACCAUAUGUCUCCGAGCUAUAACGACGUGUCCGGGAAGGAGCUGCAGCCUCGCAGACAGAGGCGGACUCAUGUCCCGGACAAACCCAACUACUCCCUCAACUUGUGGAGCAUCAUGAAGAACUGCAUCGGCAAGGAACUCUCCAAAAUCCCCAUGCCAGUAAACUUCAACGAGCCUCUGUCGAUGCUGCAGCGUCUCACCGAGGAUCUUGAGUAUCACGAGCUUCUAGACAAAGCGGCGCGCUGCGACUCCUCCCUGGAGCAGAUGUGCCUGGUCGCCGCCUUCUCCGUCUCUUCCUACUCCACCACGGUCCACCGGACAGCCAAGCCGUUCAACCCCCUCCUGGGCGAGACCUACGAGCUCGAUCGCCUGGAGGAGUACGGCUACCGCUCGCUGUGUGAGCAGGUGAGCCAUCACCCCCCUGCAGCUGCACAUCAUGUGAUUUCCCAACGAGGCUGGACCCUGUGGCAGGAAAUCACCAUCGCCAGCAAGUUCCGUGGCAAAUACCUCUCCAUAAUGCCUCUGGGUGCCAUUCACCUGCAGUUCCACUCCAGCGGGAACCACUACGUGUGGAGAAAGGUCACCUCCACAGUGCACAAUAUCAUCGUGGGCAAGCUGUGGAUUGACCAGUCGGGGGACAUUGAGAUUGUGAAUCACAGGACCAAGGAGACCUGCCAGCUCAAGUUCUCUCCCUACAGUUAUUUCUCCAGGGACGUUCCCCGCAAGGUGACGGGUGUGGUGGCGGACAGCGGCGGCCAUGCUCACUUCAUCCUCUCUGGUACGUGGGAUGAUAAAAUAGAGAGUGCCAAGAUCGUUCAGAGCAGCAGAGGCGGCAGCGGAUCAGAGGGCAAGCAGAAGACCGUCUAUCAGACACUGUCCCCCAAACUGCUGUGGAAGAAAUACCCUCUACCGGAGAACGCUGAGAACAUGUACUACUUCUCGGCGCUGGCCCUGACCCUGAACGAGCAGGAGGACGGAGUGGGACGGACCGACAGCCGGCUGAGACCGGACCAGAAGCUGAUGGAGGAAGGCCGAUGGGACGAAGCAAACUCAGAGAAACAGAGGCUGGAGGAGAAACAAAGAGCUGUGAGGAGGAGGAGGGAAGCAGAGGCUACAGACGCUCUGGAUGAAGAGUGUGAUUAUGACUCUGGUAAAGAAUACGAAGGCUACCAGCCGCUGUGGUUUCACCAGAGGAGAGACUCGGUCACUGGAGAGACAAACUUUGUGUACAAAGGAGGUUACUGGGAGGCGAAGGAGAAAAAGGACUGGAGCAUGUGUCCUGACAUCUUCUAACCCAGGAACUCACCCCGGAUCCUUUCUAACCUCAGCGGACAGGGCGCCGCUCUGCCUCUACUCCUUUAAGCAAAACGGGGCGUAGCAGGCUUGUGAGCACCUUGUGGACCUUUUUUUUUUUGAGCGCGAGAGUGUGUGUGUUUGACACACUCUCGGAUUACACCGUACCUCCAAAUGUGCACUCUCGUUCUGUUUCUACUCCGGGGGAAAAAGAGCCGUUCCUCUUUGACACGAUACUGAAACAGCAGUGAGAUCAUGUGUGGAUGUGAGGUGGUGCUCGAGUUGUAGCACCCACACAGUAAAAGGCACCUGCACACCCCUGAAAUCAGGUGCUUUUCUAAAUCCUACCCACAAUGCACUUUUUCUGUGUUCAACCCAAUUUUAAGACAGAUUGGACAGAAAUCCAUUUCAAAGCAGCUCCAGAUUAUUAACCGUCAACAAACAGGGACAAAAUCAUAAAUGGACACAAAACAAAAAAGUGUCCUCACGUCCUCGUUUUAUUUACCGCUACUGAGAUUAUGCACACUUUAUAAAUAUUAAACCAGACCCAUCUCUUCUUUGCAGAAAGCAUUGCAAGUGGUCAUUCGCUGCCCUGUUGAGAAAGAAGCCUGCUAAUGGUGUCCAGAUAUUUAUGUCAGUUGCAUUAAAUCUAAAAGUCACGCUGAUCCAAAGUGUUUAAUAACUAAGACUUUCAGAAACAAAUAAGUGCUACAACUUCUACAGAUAUUUAAUAUGACAGGACAAUAUGUUUUUAAUCUCAGCUUCUUUAUGGUUUGAUGUUAUUUCAUGCGGCUCAUCUUUUCCAUUCUUAAUUGCAAAUCCAUUUUUCUUCAUAUAUGUAGACCUUUAACUACCAAGAGUGGUUUUGAGACCACUCUUUGAAGGUCUCAGUCUCGUCUCGGAAUCAAAAGCAUUUUUACCGGGUCUCUUGUCCCAGACUGGACCGUUCAAGUCCACCACUGAGAGGCUAUUAAGUUCUUACUGUGAUUAGAAGGAAAACGUUAUUUUUUUCUAAAAGAAUUAAUAACUUUAAAUCAUUUGUAGUUUGAUUUGUAUCCCUGGGUUACGGCUGCAACCUUCCCAGUGUUACGGUCUAAGUGAGUGACACGCCCCCUGCACACAAGAUUUUUCUUUUAGUGAUAUUUAUGGUCUCGGUCUUGCCCUGCCUUGGUCUUGGUCUUGUCUCGGUCUCAGAGCACUCUGGUCUCGAGUAUGUCUCGUUAGUGUGGUCUUACACAUAUUCAAUUUUUAAACGUUUUAAAUCAAAAGUCAUAAGAAGACAAACUGGGCAAAUGAGGAAGAUAACGUCUUGUAAUAACGGCUGGACAGAAAGAAAUCUGGCCCUCAAUAAACUCAUAAUCAAUCUAAUUGAUUCUAUUAUCAGUUUGUUGAUAUCAGGAGUCGUCUUUAAAACACUUUGGAUCUUCAUGACAAACAACUUUUAUGUGAUUUGACAAACUUCUCAUAAGCACCAAGGCGGCUUUAUCUGCAGAAAAACACUGUCAAGCACACUGAGUCAUGACUUUUCCUCUUCAGUACAUGACACCAGAAGUCAGUAGAUUAUAGUCGAUGUAGAAAAACAAUAUAAUGCUUCAGUGCAUUUUUUAUUUAAAAGGCUUCUGACAUUUUCCAUUAGUGAUCAUAAUUAGAAACUCUGCCGUUGUCAGACGUUUAGCAGUGCAGCAUUAAACACUCAUAUCACUUUGAAAUUAAUCUUUGCAUUAGUGCAUAUCUCUGUUUUGAUGUGUAGGUGUACUUUACCUUGUCCUCUGGUGCUCUCCCAUAGCAACACAUACCGUAUCCUGUUACUACUUGCAGUGAAAUCGUUCUCAAUAAUCACACAAAGCAUCAAAUCAGUGACAGUGUUAACCACCCAGUACAUCCUGUGAACCUGCACACCCUCCAUCAGUCUCUAGUUUGUAGCUCAGAGGUUUCCAGCAGGACUUCAUGGGAGGCUGGAGCUCAGAGGUUUAUCCAAGCAGACAGGGCUGGUUCCUGUGUGCAGUCAGCCGACGCUCCACACACUCCACAUCGUGAAGUCCUGUCACCCACGUCUUCAUGAACAAGCUGAUCUGGGAUCAGCUCAUGAAGGUACCCUCAGUCUUUUGCCUUUAACUGACUGAACAAGGGAACGAGUCCCCUGACCUGUGCACUACACGUCUCCGGCGACACGCGUUUUUUGAAAACCAGUUGGUAUUUUUUUGUAAUUCUUGUUAGGAAUGUAGAAUUCAGGGCUGGAGGUAUCAUAUCUACCACCUCGUCUAUUUGUGUGAAUAUUUUGUGAUAAAUGAAUGAUAUUGUAAAUUGAAGAAUAAUUAUACUAAUCUGAGUAUUAAUAAGUUUAUCUGUGCAGCAAAUCAUCCGAAUGAGCUUGAAGGUUUUGAUUUGAAUCCAGACUGAUUCUGUACAGACGGAUGUUUUAAUCUGACGCUCCCUCGAUUAGGCUGAAGGUUUCUUGUUUUAUAUUUUAAAAAAAAAAUGUGUUAGCACAUUGAAAAUAUUUUUAUAGAGUCCCCGAUGCUUUCACAUCAGUCCUGAUGGUUCAGUGAUGAUUUCAUGGAUCAACACGUCUCUCCCCUCUUGAAGACGUUUUAAAAGCACCAAGAAAGGAAAUAAAUGAACAUGAAAUAUUCACCUAGAGUGAAGGCGAAUCUAUGAAGCUACUAAAACGUUUGACAUUUAAUGAUUACAUAAUUGUCUGUGUGACAAUAUUCUAUUUUUAUUGUUGUUUUAAACAAAGGUUCUUCUUCUUCCCUCUUUAUAUCUUUAGGUUUGAACUGUGGUUGUCAUGAGCACAAUUUGAUCAUUCACUCAAUACUCUGUGAAGAACGACACGGUUAAAGGACAAAUUCUACAUUUGGGGGAUUAUAUUUUUAUUCUUUCAGAGAAGAAGAUCGGUGCCUCUCUCAUAUCGGUAAAGCUGGAUUCUGAAGCUGCUUAGCUUAGAUCUGGAAACAGGGUGAAACAGCGGCCCUGGCUUUGUUAAAAAUGUAUCAAAAUCCACAUAAUCGAGCCCCCUGAAGCCCCCUGAAGCAACAUAUUGUUUUUUUAACUACAGGAAGUCACAGCUUCCGGCCAUUUUUAAAUCACAUUAGGCUGAUAAUUAUGUGUACAAAUGACAAACAAGUUUUGAUGUGUUAGUUUGUGAACUUCAGAGCAGUUAUCAUCGACUGGCUGCCAGCGGGUCACAUCCAGCCCCCCAAAGCUUCCCACCCGGCCCGCAGAUAAGUAUUCUCGGGUGAUUAAACAACACACAUAAAAAAAUAAAAUCCCACGGUGGAAAUACUCGAAUUAGGUGACACCAACUUCUUCACAUCGGGCUUGACAAAUGUCGGAAUAAUGUGCAAACAGAUUUUAAAGUCCGGCCCCCACAGUUUGAAUGUAGU